UGUCGAAGACCUUCGGGCAGGUCUUCAUUUUUCGAUUUCGAAGUUCGUCUGGAACGUCUUGGAUUACUAUGGGCUUUGUCCGAUGCAACUGGCGCCGAACUCAGUCCGGUUGAUAAUCAAUUUUGCUUUGUUGUGUCGGCUUUUGCCGACCUUUUCCUAUAUUUUUCUCUUUCGGGCGUUCUUCAUCCUCCGACCCCACCCGAAAGCCCAAGGGUGGUGGUUCUUCAAUCUCCGGAAGGAUCUUUCGUUCAUCACUGAUCUUUCAUCGUCAAUCCAUGAGUGGAAGAACCAAUUUUUCUUUGCUUCCUCUAUGCUACUUUGGGGGUUCCCUUCCCGCUGGGCCGACUCUCGGACUCAGCCGAACGAAAAUAGUCGGGUGGAGGCUGAAGACCGAGGGGAUUUUCACCGACUGAAGGAUGUGUCGAUGCCGAAGCAGAGGGAGCUCGUCACCGAGUAAGCUCUAUACGACGUCGGCCUGAGUUUGGUUCUCCGUUUAGGCAUGCUGCCGAGAGUGAGGCUGACAGACACUGACAUUCGGCAACAUGCGGCGAGGAAGAGAUCGACGUCUGGGGCCGGACCUUCGUGGCCUCCCAAGAGGCCUCAGAUAGCAUCCCCGACCGACAUUGCGACGGUGGCAGUGCAGCCUGACACCGAAUGUGCAUCGGGCUAUGAGCCGGUCAUAGCCCUAUCGGCUCCGGCGGUGCCACCUGGGGUGCCGUCCGAAGAAGGGGUGGCAGAGGGGGUAGCCGAAGGAGUGUCGACUCCCCCGACUAUGGAAGAGGUUCGGGCCGAAGCGCGUGAGCCCGAACGACCUGUGGCGGCUCCCGUCGUGCCCUCAGGAGGAACUCAAUCGAGUUCUAGCUUCCCAUCCCUCUCCGACUUCCGGGCCUGGGCGAUCGAACGAGGGAAGGCCCCGAUGGCGCCGGCCGACGACACAAGGUCGACGAAACACACCGCAUCAUCUGACGUUCAGCUUUCCGAAGGAGCGUCGGCCCUGGCCAACCAUAAUUUGGCUAGGAGGUUGUGCCAGGCAACCAUUCUCUCGGCCGACCGGGAGAUCAUGAAGAGUCGGUCGGUGACCGACAUGCUUUCUUCCUUUUAUCCGACUAUGAUCCAGCUGAUCUACAAUAUGUCCGAGCUGGAGGCCGGGUAUCGGAGGUUCGGCGACGUCCAGAUGGCCUGAAAGAAUAGGGCCGAGAUCGUCGAAGCUGAGAAGGCGACGCUGGUCGACCAGCUGAAGUUGUCGGUCGACCAUGAGGCUAGGCUCGAGGAGGAGAUCUCCCGACUGACCAAUGGCCUAGCCGCCUCGGAGGUUGAACUUCAGUCAGCUCGCGAGCAGGUUCGGUGCAAGACCCGCUUCGUUCACCGACUGCGGCGCGAGCGGGACGGUUGCGUCAGGGAGCUCGAGGCCGAGCGCGAACAGCUUCGCGUUAGCUUGGAGAACCUGGCUAAAGCCGAGGAGAACUUGUCCUCCGCCCAAGCCGACGCCAACAUAGCGAAGGCGGAGGCGGAGUCGGCCAAGGAGGCGCUGAGUCGGGCGGUGGAGGACUUCCAUGGCUCGGAUGAGUACCGGGAGGAGCUCCUUGAGAGCGGCUUCGCCUCCUAUCGGGUGGGGUACAAGGACACCCGAGAUACGAUUCAGAGUCUGCACCCGAAGCUCGACCUGAGCGGCAUCGUCGCUCCAGGGUCGGAGGACCAAGCCGCAGAGGAGGAGGCCGACCCACAGCUGACGGAACGAGUUGCCGAAGGUGAGGCGGCUCCAACCCCCGGUCCCUCUCCGACCCGAUCGGGCACACCGGUGGCUCCCGAACUCUACCCGUUGCAAGAAGUCGACUCCGAUGAAUAGUUAGAGUAUCUGCUCCGUUAUCUUUGUAUUUUUUAUUUCUGCUUUGUCUUUGAUAUUUGUAAUCGAGCUUCGUCCCAAUUUUGUAGCCGGGCUUCGGCCCAAUUUUGUAAGUCAUUUCAACUUAACAAAA